ACAGCGUGCGUGGCCCCCUUGGGCACCAUAGUAUUCUGCCUCCACUGCCUGCUGCACGGCAGCCUUGGUGCAUAGCGGUGCAUGCGUCCAGGGCAGCCUUGUCUGUCCACAACGCCAGCACACCAUCUUUAAUCUGCGCAGCGUCGUCACCACCCCGGCACGCUCUCGAUUUUGACGGCAGUCAAACACCCUCGCCACAGCAGAGCUCCAAAUGACCUGGUGAUUCUCUCGCCCUUACAUCCCACGAACUCCCUUCGACUCCAUUACCGAUCAGUCAUCAUACAUCAUCACCUGGAGCCGCCCGCAUUGCCUGCCACGCCGCCAUGGCGCCCUUCUCCGCAGCCUGGGCCUCGCUCACCGGCUACAGCGCCGUCCCAAAGACCGAGACGUCAGGCUCCGAGUCGACCUCCUCGCUGAACCGUCCGACACUAGCCCAGAUCCUCGCCUCGAAACAGGUCCGCUACGCCGCCUCCAUCACCGCCGUCGUGGGCGUGUUCUACCUCGCCUUCCACAACUAUGACCGCCUGCCGUCCCUCGACGACCUGCGCGGAGGCGCCGCCUCGUCCAGCUCAAACUGCGCGCCGGCCGUCGUGCCGCCAUACAACGAGAACAGCGUCGACUGGUCGCGCUUCGCAUACACCCAAUAUGUCACCAACAAGCAGUACCUGUGCAACUCGGUCAUGAUCUUCGAGACCCUGCACCGCCUCGGCAGCAAGGCCGACCGCGUCAUGAUGUACCCAGAGUCCAUGAUGGACCCGGCCGAGAAAAACCCGACAAACGAGGAGGGCAAGCUCAUUGCCAAGGCCCGCGACGAGUACAAAGUCAAGCUGCAGCCCGUGUCCGUGCAGAGGCGGGCCGGUGGUGAUGCAACCUGGGCCGAGUCCUUUACCAAGCUGCUCGCGUUCAACCAGACCCAGUACGACCGCGUCGUCAACGUCGACUCGGACGGCACGAUCUUGCAGGUCAUGGACGAGCUGUUCCUGAUGCCCCCUUGCCCGGUCGCCAUGCCUCGAGCAUACUGGCUGUUCCCGGACAACAAGAUCCUCUCUUCGCAGCUGAUGCUGGUGCAGCCGAGCGCGGUCGAGUUUGACCGCAUCCUGAAGAAGAUGGACACGGCGGGCCGGGACGACUACGACAUGGAGAUUGUCAACCAGCUCUACGCGGACAGCGCCAUGAUCCUCCCGCACCGGCCGUACGACCUGCUCACCGGCGAGUUCCGCUCCAAGGACGAGGACCACUACAAGUACCUCGGCACGGACCGCGAGGCCUGGGACCCCGUGGCCGUCUUCAACGAGGCCAAGUUCCUGCACUUCUCCGACUGGCCCGUCCCCAAGCCCUGGAUCCCCAGCACCUCGAUGCGCGAGCAGCAUCAGCCCGCCUGCGUCACCGACAAGCAGACCGGCGCAGAGGACUGCACGGCCCGCACGCUGUGGAAUGGGUUCUACAAGGACUUUGAGACGCGGCGCGCCGACGUGUGCAAGACUUCGUCGAAGAAGGCGAGGAGGUGAGGCGGCUGGGUGGUGGUCGUGGGUUCUGGGAUGACAAUUGGAGGAAGUGGAAAUGAAGGAUUGACGUGGGCUCGAAUUUCAGUUAUUUUUUCAUCCCCCCAAGAAGGGAGCAACAAUUUCUGUUGAAAAAGUGCAUGGGCCCUCGUUGGUGCUUUUUUGGGCGUUGCCAAACAUUUCUUGUAAAAUGCUGUGAUACCAGUUUCAAGAAAGCAAGCCAUAUCUUUGUAUCGACUGGAUCGAUUUUUCUUUCCAAGGGACGCCCUCCCCAUGACUAAUGAAUACCAUUAUUGACGAGGAAGAGAGCAAAAGUAUUGCAUGGCUUUAUGUACGUGCGUUGUGUGCGGGGAGACAUCUCAUAUCUUUGUGUGUGUGAAAAUCAGUACGCACAGAUUCAGCACGCCUGCCUUUGCCCAUUGUGCCCUAUCUGGAUGGACGGACUUCCGUGGG